AGCAUUUACAUCCCAUUGCUGCUACCAGAGGGUCAUGGAUAUCCACUUUGGCUUUCUGCACCGAUAUCGAAUCUUCCUCUUGAUUUUGUUCGCCAUGGAACACAAAUUGGUGAUCUUGGGUAUCUUGCUUGUGAUGGAGGUUUCAUGUACCUCUUCAAUGUGUGCAAGGAUGCAACAGAUCCUGUCAAUCUGAAUAGGUCCCCUCCCAGCUUCAUACCACUGACGAACACCCCAGGCAUGGUACAUUCCAGUCUCAACUCUACAUAUACAAGAGUGGGAACCACCGUCCUUGUCCUUCCUGAUGGCACUGAACGUUCUGAUUCAGAAGAACCUAGCCUAUUUGAAGAAUAUGCAAUUGCGAAUGUCCAUAGCUGGUACAAAUACUUCAAUGGCCAACAGGGCAGAAAGUUAUAUAACGGUUCCCUAUAUCUCAUCACCAGCUGCGAUAAAUGCUGCUGCUGGUCC